AUGACAUGCUCGCGCGGGCGCGUGGGGUCGGCGGGGACAGGCGCUACUAUUAUCGACGACGUCGCUGCACUCGAAGAGGAACAGGCCGGCCAGCCUGGAGUGCGUCGGGGCCCUGGCUGGCGACUUCGCGCUGCCACUGGCGCUGCUCCACGGCGCCGAGGUGCACUCGACCGUGCUGCGCGUCGCCUCGGUCCGUCGCCAAUGUGGCUGCACUACGACGUCUGCGACAACUUUCUCUGCUGCGUCCGGGGCCGCAAGCGGGUGGUCCUGCUGCACCCGCGCGAGGUGGGGGGCCUUUACGUGAACGGCUCUUCGUCGCUGCUGGGCAGCCGGGCCUUGGACCCCGACGCGGACCGCCUCGAGGAGCUCUGGCGGGAAUUCCCGCUCGCGCGGGCCGCUUGGUCCAGGCGGCUGGAGGUCGAGCUCGAGGCGGGGGACGUGCUGUACAUCCCCGCGCUCUGGCCGCACUGCACGGAGGCGCUGCCAGCGAGGACGCCGCAGGGGGCGCUCCGCGGAGCAUCCUGCGCCAGAGAGAUCGCCCUCAGCACCAACGUCUUCGUGGUCAGGCCAGAGCUCGCGGCGCUGCACGAUCCCAAGGACGUGUGGGCGAACCGGGAGCUGCUCCCGGCGCAGGAGGCGCUCCGGGCCCUCGAGGAGCGAGUGGUGGCGAAGCUGCAGGGCGUGCCAGGCCUGCAUCGCGCGUUCUACUGCAGGAAGGCGGCCUCGGCGCUCCUCGCUCUGGCAGACGCCGCCGAUCGCGCGGCGGCGCAGCCGGCGGGCACCCUCGACGGGCUGUCCUUCUACCGCGCGGUGCGAGGCUGCCUGGCCCAGUUCGGGCUGCCCGCCCGGGGGCAGUGGCCGCCCCUGCCGGACGACCCCCAGACCGGGGUGCCGUUCCUGCUGGGCGCGGUGUGCUUCGCGGCCGCGGGCCCGAAUUCGAGGAAGGCGUCCGUGUUCAUCUGCAUCGGGGACAUGUCCCAUUGCCUCGGCCAGAACUCCUGGGAGACGCCCAUAGGCGCCGUAGCGGAGCAGUCCCUCGACGCUCUGGACCGCAUCGAGACGUGCUAUGGGGACAUCGCGGAGUGCGACGGUCCUGGCCCCGACGCUGGCCGCCUGAGCCGCGAAGGCGACGCGUACCUGCGCGCCGACUUCCCCGGGCUCACGUACAUCCGCACGGCAGCCCCGCUGGACUGGCCCCCUGCCGCCGAGGGUGAGCACGGCCCGUCCCAGGCUCGGAGCCGCGGCGCGGAGGGAGAGCCCACGGCGCGCACCAGGGCCCAUUGCCUCAUGAGGAUGCCGCCCCUGUUCGAUGUUCUUGCGGGCUCUGCGUUCCGGGGUUCUGAGCGGGGCGAUCGUUGGCUUCCCAGGGCCCUCUGCGUGUCGGGCCACUGCUUCAGGCCGCUCGCACCGGUGUGCAGGGCGAGCUGGGACGGCUACAUCGCCAGACGGCUGAGAUUCCUGCUCGCGUGCCAGGCAUCUGCCGCGGCCGCGGCCGUGUCGUGCUCCGCCUCCUGGCUUUUCCUGCCUCCGUCCCUGCCGGUCGGGUCGCUCCUGGCAUCCGUGGUAGGCCGCGGGCCGUUCCGCAGGUCGCGGCCGGGGGAGCCCACUCUCGGCCGAGGCUCGGCCGUGGCCGAGGGAGCGGCCGGGCGGGCGGAGGCCCUGGCCGCGGCUGCGCAGCCCGCCGGCGGGCCGCAGGUCGUGCCCCGCGCUCUGCAGGGCUGCAGGUCCGGGCGCGACGUGCAGGACUCUGGCGGCGACCGCAGGCCCCCCCCUUCGGCGGCGCUGCGCCCCCAUCCUGCGAGCGCGAUUGCGACCGCUGGCGAUCAGAGGACCUACCUGGACAAGAAGAUGACGCCCCUGACGCCCCCUGCUGGAGAGCGAGCCCACAGGGCGGGGCAAUCCACCGAAGCCCUCGCCGCCGCGCCCCUUGCCGUCGCGGGGGGCAGCGGCGGGCGGCCCAUCCUGUGCGGAGACGAGAACCAGCUCUGCCCCGCAGUCGCGUCUCUUCGGGCUGCGGCGCUUGGCGUGGCCCUCUCGGUGCUCGCGCGCCCUCUCGACUCGCUGGGCAAAGGCGACUGCGACGUGCUACUCGAUCUGUGCAGCCGGAUGCACCCUGGCAUUAUGCAGCGGAAGGCCGGGCCGGCAGAUCGCGAUGGCGCGCUCGACACCCCCCGCGACAACAGCACGGGCCCCGCGCUCAUGGGGGCCGACGGCUUCCUGAACGCCCAGCGCAGCGCCCAGUCAGGGGACCGCGUCCGAGACCUGGGCGUUCACGAGGGCGGCCGGGCUCUCCGCCACACAUUGGCAGAGGUCACCGUCAACCUCCGAGAAGCCACAACCGUCUGCGACAUUAUCAAGGCCAUGGAGGACCACCUCCUGGAUGCCAACGAGCGCGCCAUUGUCCUCUGCGGCUACGUGUCCAGGUGGGAGCACGCGAUCGCACUGCGAACACGGCAGUCUUUUCAUGUGGUCCAGCUUGCCCCGGCCUUGGGCAGGGUGGGGCUGGGCAUGCUGGGACAGGAGGGCGCCGAGGCUCUCUCCGGGCGAGGCGAGCCGAGGUGCACGUACACGUCCAACGCCUCCAGGAGGGCGGGUGCGCCGCCCGGGCGCCCGGAGCUGCGGGAGGCCUUCCACCGCGGCGUGGCGCGGGCCUCGCUGCGCGCCGAGCUGGCGGGCCCGGCGGCCCGGCCCGUGGAGGUCGUCUUCCCCGACGCCGCCGCGCGGCUCGGCGGCGCGGGGGCGCUGGAGAGCUGCUGGGCGCAGCUGCCCACCAUGUUCGGCCGGGGCCGGGCCGUCGUCGGCGUCCAGGUCCUGCUCGCGCCGCAGGGCGCCGCGGACAAGGCCGGCGCCGCCGCCUGGAGCGUGGCCCUCAGAGUCAAGGUGCUCGCCCGCACCACGUACUCCAGCCAGGCAGGGGUCCACUUCGCGGCCCGGCUUGUCGCCGGGCUGGCGAAGCCGCUGGACCAGCUGGUCACCGUGGUGCCGGACCACCGCCCAGUGCGGGACCCAGGCCGCCCCGCGAUCGACCCCAAGUACCGGGAGCACCUGUCGGGCCUCGUCGUCGAGCAGGGCGACGCCGUGUUUGAGGAGCUCAUGUCGACCGGCGCGCUGGCGUGGACGAUGGCUCUCAGCGUGCAGGACGUCGGCAAGCCCGUGGAGGACGUCCGUUACGACGACUGCUGCUGA